AUGUUUAAUCCUAUUAACGAUUCACAAAUAACAAAUCCUAUGACCGUCCCAAUGACCACGUCCGAUAGUUUAGGCAUCAACGAUUCUAUGAGUGCCUCUAAUUGGUUUUCUGAGUUACAAGACCAGCCCGCAGCUACUGUGUCCAACUCAACUUCAAUAGAGAGAAAUAGCUCCAUAACCUCUUCCUCUACUAAUUAUUCAUCAGUCUCUAACGAUGAUGACUUACAAGAAUUUCCAACCAUCUUCGAUUAUCCACAACAGGAGGGCUCAGAGCUCUCGGAAGUCACUUCCAAGUCAUCUGUGGAUAGUGCACUCAAAAUGAAGUCCUCUUCGAUUCUUCCACCGGGAAGUGAUGCUGGUUUGGACUUUAUGACGUCGUUCAUUAAGCAGGAGGAGCAGAAUAUUCCAUCUGCCUCUAUUUCCGUGAGUGCUCCAGUGGGGUCUCCAGUAAGUGUCCCAGUGAAAUCUCCAAUAAGAUCUCCAAUGAGAUCACGUGCUCUUAGAAGACCUAAGAAUCCUCAGAGAAAGUCUAGUAGCCGCAGCUCUGUAUCCACAGCGUCUACGGCGUCUACGGGGUCUGUGAGAUCUUUAGAUCCAUUUGAUUCAGCCUUUGGAGCAUACGGGUCUUCGGGGUCUACGGGUUCUUCAGGUUCCGCUGGGUCUUCAGGUUCUGCUGGGUCUUUGGGGUCCACUGGAUCACUAGAAGCUUCAAGCCUGAGAACUAAAAAGCCUCUGAAUCCUCAUCAACGAAGAGCACACAACAAAAUAGAGCGCAAAUAUAGAAUUAACAUUAAUUCGAAAAUUGCCAAUCUACAGAAAUUAGUACCUUGGAUGUGCAAUGAGGGAGUGGCUUUUGAAGUAGAAUCAAAGGAGGGAGACUCCAAGUUCAUGGGAGAUCUAAGGCCGGAAGCUCGCAAGUUAAAUAAGUCAAUGAUUCUCGAUGUUGUGACUAAGUAUGUGAUCCAUUUGAAGGAGGAGAAUAUGAUGCUUAGAAGCCAACUUAGAGACUAUGAGAGCUAA